UUCUUUCUCUGCUGUGUUGUAGGCUUUCUUGCUUUAGAAAGGGAAUAAACAAUAAGAAUUAUUUCCCUGAAUGUUAAGAAAUUGCAGUUGUACUUUAUUAUGCUGUUAUUACAUUUUAUUAUUGGAUGUUAUGGUUAAGAGAUUUUAAAUUCAAACUUUCUCCUGCAGUGAAUACUGAUCACAUAGAGUUGAAAAAUGUCAUUCAAAGUAAUGGACAUGGAGUGGACAAUCCGGGAUUUGAGGCCGAGGAGGAAACAAUAUCAGAUCACAACAGUGAGAUGGCACAGAAAGAAUCAGGAAAAGAGUCCAAAUCAUCUAUAAGCAAAAUAUUCAAACCAAUCAUGGCUACUGAAAACUUCUUGAAGGCUCACUCUCGAAUCUUCAAAUACAUUGCCCUGGGGAUACUUAGUGCAGGCUAUGUGGCAUACUUUGUUGCUGCCUGCUGGUUGAACUUCCAGAAAGCAAUUGCUCUUGUUGUCCUUACCAGUGUAGCGGUGUUUUUCACAUUGUAUGAUUUUGUGAAGAGGUCCAAGGGAGACACUAUAAAACACUUCUUAAAGCCUGCUGUUAGAUGCUUUAAAGCCAACAUGAGGUGGAUAAAAUGGGUUUUUACAUUAGUGGUGGUAGGACUGUUGGUGGCCUGGCUGGCAGUUGACACAAGGCAAAACCCUGAGCAGCUCAUUUCAUUUGGUGGUGUCUGUCUCUUUAUCCUUGGCUUGUUCCUCUUCUCUGCAAAAAGAUAUGCAGUUCGUUGGAGGACAGUCCUCUGGGGGCUUGGUUUACAAUUUGUCAUGGGCCUGUUUGUCAUAAGGACUGAGCCUGGUUUCAUAGCUUUCAACUGGCUGGGAGCACAAAUCCAGACAUUUUUAAACUACACCCAUGCUGGCUCAUCUUUCGUGUUUGGCAGUCUGGUAGAAUCAGGCAUCUUUGCAUUUCAGGCUUUGCCUAUAGUGAUAUUUUUCAGCAGUAUUAUGUCAGUACUCUACUACCUUGGUGUGAUGCAAUGGAUUAUCAUUAAGAUUUCCUGGAUUAUGCAGAUAACAAUGGGAACAUCUCCUACGGAAUCGCUGAGUGUUGCAGGGAAUAUAUUUGUUGGACAGACAGAAGCACCACUGCUGAUUCGUCCCUAUUUAAAAGACAUGACCAAGUCUGAGAUCCAUGCUGUCAUUGUUGGAGGUUUUGCCACAAUCGCAGGCAGUGUGAUGGGAGCUUUCAUUUCAUUUGGGAUAGAUGCAUCCUCUUUGAUUGCUGCCUCUGUAAUGGCUGCUCCAUGUGCAUUGGCCAUGUCCAAACUCUCAUAUCCUGAAACAGAAGAGAGCAAGUUUAAAUCUGAAGACAAUAUCAAAGUAGAAGGCGGUGGUGAACAGAAUAUCCUGGAGGCUGCUUCUGCUGGAGCAGCUGCAUCUGUCGGGCUUGUGGCUAACAUAGCUGCCAACUUGAUUGGAUUUCUUGCCAUUUUGGCUUUCAUCAAUGCAGCUCUGAGCUGGCUGGGAGGAAUGGUGGGAUAUCCAGACAUCACAUUUGAGCUCAUCUGCUCAUAUGUAUUCAUGCCUGUGGCCUUCAUGAUGGGCAUACCAUUUGAUGAGUGCUUCAUUGUGGCUGAACUUAUUGGCACAAAACUGUUCCUCAAUGAGUUCAUAGCUUAUGAGAAGCUGUCAAACCUGAAAAAUAAUCGAUUAAAUGGCAUCACAGAAGUGGGAAAAUACAUUUCAGUCAGAUCAGAAAUCAUCAGCACCUAUGCUCUGUGUGGCUUUGCCAACUUCAGUUCACUUGGAAUUGUGAUUGGAGGCAUGUCUUCCAUUUGUCCUUCAAGAAAAAGUGACAUUUCUGCUUUGGUGCUAAGAGCCUUGUUCACAGGCACUUGUGUGUCCCUGCUUAAUGCGUCUAUUGCUGGCCUUCUUUUUCUUCCUCAACUAGAUUGUAUAGAUGUGUUUAAAAAUUCUGUCUUCAACACCACUGAUACUAAAAUCCAAACUUGCUGUUAUGGCCUCUUUGAAAGUGCUGUGAAGAAUGAAACAGUGAUUUCUUUCGAGGGAUCUUGGAGCAUGGUGAAAAAUGCCACUCUUUAUUUCACAGAGUGCUGCCAUCUUUAUAAUGAAACUGUCUGCAUUUAGGAAUUCUGCAUUGUUUUUGCGUAGCACAUUGUAUUUGUAAGUUAAUUCUUUAUCAUUUUCUCUUAUAUGUAGAUAUAAAACAACAUAUAUUUUGGCUGUAUCAUAAUAGUUAAAGUGUUGUUUGUAUUGGAGUAUUGUUUAAAUAAAAAGUUAUUUAAUCAGUAAGCUUUAUAAUAAAGUAUUAGGGCUGCCACUGAACUCAAACAAAAUUAUUUUUAUGUUGGCUAUAAACAUUUUGAUUUUCUCAAAAUGGCAUAGCCAUUGCAUAGCCAGCCAUGGAAUAACCAUAACUAUUGGAUAGGAGGGAUUGGAGGGAGACCAUAACUAGUGGUUAAGAGGGAUGAUGUUCUCUUAAUUGCCAAUCAGAGCAACACUAUCCAAUUGUGGGCAUCUGUGAGCACACAUAUGUAUGUGGAAGAGGCCAAGUUUCCUCCAAGUAGAAAUGCACAAUGGACCACCUUUUUUUUUUUUUUUUUUGCUUAUUCAAUGCCACUUCUGUUCACUCUCAAAUAAUUCUGAUAUUUAUAUAUCAGAUAAUAAUGAACACUUCUAGCAUUUUGUGUGUUCAACUGUCCUGUAAUGUAGCAUAAGCAGCAGAUUGAAAAGAUUCUGUGGUUGGUUUCACACGUCUCGUAGGAUGCAAAUGUUAGCCUUUACCACCCUCCCCAUGUGGUAGCUGUGGGAAAACCAGAUUGGGCAAAUGACCAGUUUGAGAGAAAGUGGUGUAAAAAAAACGGGGGGUUGGGGGGCUUAUCUGAUUAUGUGUCAGGCUCAGUAGACUGAAGUUAGAUUUAAAAAUGUUAAUAAAGUUACUGUUAAACUAUAAAAUAAA